UCGGCCCGGAAGUAACCUCUUCGUUCUCUCGCGCUUCUCCGUGCAGCUAGUUCAUCGAACCAGUCAUAAUACUGCUGUUUAAGUGUUCAUGUAAUACUGUGGCUAUUUAAAAUACGUUUACCGUCACUUUACUCACACCUGCGAUGCCCGUGAGUCCCCAGUUAAACGAGCCUGGCCGGUUUAACAUGGUGAACGCGGAUGAAAUCGCCAAGUUGUGCUACGACUGUUUCAGCCAGCUGCCCCGGAGAGGGAAGCCUGAGCCGGGCAGAGAGUGGACCCUGCUGGCCGCUGUGGUCCAAAUCACCCGGUGUGCUGACUCUGACACAGUGAGAAAGGAGGUUGUCUCCCUGGGAACUGGGACCAAAUGUAUUGGACAGACACACAUGAGUCCCAGUGGUGAUGUACUCAAUGACAGCCAUGCAGAAGUUAUAGCCAGAAGGGGAUGUAUCAGGUACCUGAUCCAGGAGCUGCGCAGGGCUGUGAGUGGUGGCGAUAGCUCUGUGUUUUGUCGGGCAGAUCAGCCGGGGAAGUGGAGGCUUCAGCCGGGAGUUUCCUUCCUCUUCUUUACCAGUCACACUCCCUGUGGUGACGCCUCCAUCAUCCCCAUGAUUAGCGGCCAGUCUCAGCCGUGCCCCCCUGUCACAUCUGAAAAGAGUCGUGAAGGAACUGAUGUAGGAGGAGACCUGAAGAGGAAAGCUGAGGAACCAAGUGAGGGCCAGAACACGAAACUGCCCCGCCUGGAAGACCAGGAGACAGCAGAGAGGAGGCUGCAGGACAGAGGAGACACUAAAACACGUGUCCCUUCAGACUCCUCUAAAAGUGACGAUUCAUCACAGAGUCAGUCUACAGAAACACCUUUGGAAAGUGUCUCACAGGCUUCAGCACACCUGGAGAUAAAAACCAGAGGCCCCUCGGACGAUGCUGGAUUGAAUCCACAGGUCCCAGAUAUUCACAGGACGGGGGCCAAGUGUGUCCCGGGUGGCCCAGCCGACCCUCUACAUCCUGGGACGGGGUACCACAGCACAGGGGUGCUUCGGGUGAAGCCUGGGCGGGGAGAACGGACUCUGUCCCUCUCCUGCAGUGACAAGCUGGCCCAGUGGGUGGUGCUGGGCUUCCAGGGUGCACUGCUGUCCCAUUACUUACAGGAGGCGCUCUACUUCAGCAUCAUGGUGGUGGGGAAGUGCCCGUACAGCAAAGAGGUCAUGGAGAGAGCUUUGGUCACAAGGUGUUCCCAUGUGUCAGACCUCCCUGCUGGUUUCUCUGUGAGUCCACCAGCGCUGCUCCAGUCCAGCCUGGAGUUCCCCUUCAGCCAGGCCCAGACCGAGCUCAGACACCAGGCUGGUCAGGGACGCAUCUCUCCCUGUGGGGCAGCCAUUAGUUGGUGUAAUGUGACCGAGCAGCCAUUAGAUGUCACCGCCAACGGCUACAAACAUGGAGUCACAAAGAAGGCCCUCGGCACAGCUAAAGCCAGGUCUCUUCUGUGUAAACUGGAACUUUUCCACUCCUUCUUGUCUCUGGUAUCAGCCACUGAGCCUUCAGCACUUCCCAACUCUCUCAGGAGAACAGAGCUGCAGACGUACUGGGACUAUAAACAUGCGGCCCAGUCGUACCAGCAGGCCUGGCAGCAGCUCCACAGCCAGGCCUUCCCUCUGUGGCCACGCAGUGACAGAAAUCUCCUGCUCUUCCACUGAAAUCCCCUGAAACCUCUGCAGCUCAACUGUUCCAUCAGUAUCCAUGGAAAUCUAGCUUUGUAGCUGGAACUGGGAUGUCACAGGUCAAAGUAAAUACUGUUCUACGUGUGAAACUCACAUUUCAAACAGUCUGAAUCACUCAAUCAUCUUCAUCAUGCACUAUUUUUAAUAAAACGACUGUUCUAAUUUCCAAAGUCUCCAUUUCUUAACACCUGUUGGUUCAGCUGGUGAGUGAUGUCUGAGGCCUGGAUAACUGUUGUUUGACUCUUCACAGCCCAGGAUAUCACUGCUCGCAGCCGCAGGACGCCCUGUGCUGUCCUGCCGUUCGAGGAGGUUGACGACCGUUCAGUGUCCUCAGAUGAAGGUUUUAUUUUCACAGUGUGUGUAACAUGUUGUGACUGCAGCUGCCUGGUGUUCAUGCUCUGAAAACACAGCAGGAUCAAUGUCUGCAUGUGGGAGAGAGGUUUCCUGUGACAGUCCCAGCAUUCUGCUCAGGUCACACAUGAUCGUACAUGUGUCUGUUUAGCCUGUGAUGACCUGUGAACUUAAUCAGGUGAUGUGUUGCGGACGUGCAUAUUUCUACCCAACAGUCAGGUCCUUCACUGAAGACCAGACAGCAGAUUAAUAUAGGCACUGAGGAUCAGUUGUGUCAUUGUUUUAACUCAGCAGAUUCCUCUCCAUCCAGUUCAGUUUGGCUAAUACUCAACAGCAUGCUGUCAGUUAUCAUCAGGAUGCUUUACAUUGUGCAUUUAAUGCUAUUGUCAUUCCUCACAGUCUCAUUUUUUAGGUAUAACCUUCACGUUGUAGCCACCUUAGCUAUGAAUGUUAGCAUGCUAACAUUUGCUAAUUGGCACUAAAUACACAGUGCAGCUGUCAUUAGUUUUACAGGUCUCUGGUCAUUGAGUAAACUGACCUACUGGACAAAUUAUAAUUUUGACCUGAUGAUGGUGCUAGAGGAAAAGUCACACAAAUCUUAUGGCAACCCGUCAAGUUGGUAAAGAUGGUGCAGUCUGGACCACAGUGGUGAGCAUGUUUGUGGAGAGCCACCCACAUAAGGAACUAAAUAAUGUAGCAUUUAUAUUUAUGGCAGAAACCCUGAAUUGAAGCUGUGCUGCUUUUUCCCAAACACUCUGCAACAGUUUUUUUAUGUGGUAGUCAC